CAGCAGAGACCCAUUCUGUGUUGCUGAACCUGAGCACAUUCUCGUCUGAAGGGAAGAUGAGGCUGUUUAUCGUGAGCGUCUCUUUGCUGCUGCUGCUUCUGGCUUCUUCAUGCAUCUCAUCUGAACCUGUAGACAAAUUCAGUAAAUGCGGUGACUUUUUUUUCCGUCAAACGCCUCCGGCUAUCCCUGGCAUUCUGAAGGAUUCAGCUGCACAGGACAGUAAUUAUGAAAAAAUCUGUCAACGAUAUCAGGAGAGGGAAAAGUAUGUAACCCUCUACGACACAACGAGGAAGAUCCCUCUUUUCUCAGCUUAUAAAUACACCGGAAUACAAGAAUACAAGAACCCAACUAAGAUUCCCUGGAUGAUCGAGUCGCAGUUUGAACCUAUAGGUCCUGGGAUGCGUGAGCCAUUCGUCAAUCAGGCUAUCACUGGAGACUACUACAAUAACAAACAAAACGUUAGUCCCGGUCACUUAUUUCCAGUCCGUUAUGCAGCUGAUCGAGAAACUGCCAAGUCUACAUUCACACUCACCAACAGCAUUCCACAGAAGAGCAACUUAGAGAAAGGCAUUUGGAUUCGCAAAGAACAAGACAUUAAAGAUAUGAUGGAUAAAUACUGUCGUGACAAGAAGAACAAUAAGAAGAUCUUAGCCUACGUGUUGACUGGAGCUCUGCCUGGCCGUGAUACACUGAAUAACAGAGUGAAUAUUCCCUCUCACAAGUGGAUGGCAUUUUGCUGCUUCAGCAGUUCAGGAAACUCAACGCUCUCCAAAGCUGACUGGGCCGAGAACAAAAUGACUGAUGAUACGAUUACUCGUCCUAAGAGCCUGGAGGAGUUACAAAAAUUCUUAAAUGACAACUGGAGGAAACAAGUGAAGUUAUUUUACAAUGACUGUAUGUAAUUUUAACAUGCAACCAGAGAACAGCCUUCUUUAGCAGAAUCACAGCUUUACAUGA